AUGCCUCUACAUUCCCCUCUGCCACGCAAUGUUCGCCAUGGUCUUGCCAGUAUCAGUGGAUCUUUAUUUAUUCAAAACAAAACCACGGAUUGUGGGGAACAUCGAUCUUAUCACACAGGCCAUGAAGUAAUGUCAAGUGUUUCCCUCCAGAUGGCAUUAUAUUUCAACAUAUUCUUCUUUCCUUUCUGGUUUAUAUCUGAAAUUAUCAUGUUAGAACUCAAGUAUUUCUUGCUUACAUGUUACUACCAGUUUCUCCUGAUCACAGCUGUCACAAUAAUCACAUUAAUUGAAGUCUUGAGACUUUACUUGGGCUACAUAGGAAAUUUAAAUGAGAAGGUUCCGGAACUGGCUGGGUUUCUGCUCCUUACCUUCCUCAUUCAGAUGCCUCUUUUCUUAUUCCUUUUGACAGAUGAAAAAAUCCUGAUAUUGCCGCUGGAGUUUGCAGUGCAUGUAAUUUAUGUGGUUUUUCUUAACACUGAGCUACUUGUCUCAUUUUGUGUUCUAAAGAUCAUGACAAGACAGCUGGCCACACAGUUUUACUUGCACCAGACUGAUGAUUUGGAGAACAAAAAUGUACCUGCCAGGUGCUCACAAGUGACAAUAUUGCGCAGCAAAAGGAGUAUGAUUGAAUUGCAAGAGAGGGACGCCCUGAUGUAUUAA